AUGACAUUUUACAUCACACAGGAGCGAAGACCUUUUCUUGCAAGUGAUUGUGAUGAUUUACCAGCAGCCGAAAAGUGGAGACGAGAAAUUAUCCGUGAAAUAGCAAAGAAAGUAGCCCAAAUACAGAACGCUGGUCUAGGAGAAUUCCGACUUCGAGAUUUAAACGACGAAAUUAAUAAAUUACUACGAGAAAAACGAUAUUGGCAAGAUCGUAUCAAAGAACUAGGAGGCCCAGAUUAUGCGAAAGUGGGACCGAAGAUGCUCGACCGCGAAGGCAAAGAAGUUCCAGGCAAUCGUGGCUACAAAUACUUUGGGGCAGCAAAAGAUUUACCAGGAGUUAGGGAACUAUUUGAACAAGAAAAACCUGAAAAGCCAAGACGUACUAGAGGCGAACUAUAUCGUCAUGUAGAUGCUGAUUAUUAUGGCUAUCGUGAUGAAGAUGACGGCGUAAUUGUACCAUUAGAGAAAGAAGCAGAAGCUUCACUUGUCGCUGCGGCUGUAAAGGAAUGGAAUGCCAUGAAGGAAAGAGGCGAAAUUCCAGAGGAUAAAGAAGAACAAAAUAUCUAUGCCGUCGCAGAUACUAAUGAUAAUGAUAAUGGCGAACAGAGUAAAGAUAAAUCCGACCAAUCGUUUGCAGUACACGUUCCUGUACCGUCGCAGAAAGAAGUUGAGGAACUACUGGUAAAGAGGAAGAAAAUGGAACUAUUACACAAGUAUAGUAGUGAUACGCUCCUAGCUAAUAGCAACGAAGCAAAAGUUCUUCUUGGACUUAACUAA